CUCUGCACAUUGCUGAACGUUAGUGCAUGCAUCCAUUCCUAAGCAGCAGAGGUUUUCAUUCGAUCCUGGCCGCUAUACCUGAAGAGCGCGGCAUAAGAGGGACCUGGCAAUGAUCUCACUGGACUUCAAUUUUAAUGUUUUGACAAGGGACCUGUCACUUUAUCUGGAAAAUCAAGUGAAAGUUGGGCUUUUUGGAUCUGGAGUACUGUCACUGGUGCUCGGCUUCAGCGCAGCUUAUGCCUACUACUACUUGAUCUCUGUCGCGAAGAAGCCCCAACUGAUUUCUGGUGGUAAGAAGUUCUACCAGUUCCUGCGGGACCAAUGUCCCGUGGUGUCAGAGAUCUACUACCCCACCUUCUGGUGCUGGGAGAGCCGGAUCCAGACGGUGCUUAGGCCCUUCGUCACGGCUAAACCGGGGGUCAGCUACAGAAAUGAGCUCAUUAGAGCAGAAGAUGGAGGACAGAUCUCUCUGGAUUGGUUCGACAACGAUGACAGCGCCUCCCACCCCAAUGCGGCCACACGGCCCACCGUCCUGCUGCUUCCAGGCCUGACCGGUACCAGCAGAGAGUCCUACAUCCUCCACAUGGUGCAGCAGAGCAGGGAUCUGGGUUAUAGGUGUGCGGUAUUCAACAACAGAGGGGUGUCUGGUGAAACUCUCUUGACUCCCAGAACAUACUGUGCUGCCAACACAGAGGACCUGGAGGCGGUCAUCGAACACAUCCAGAGGACAAAUGAGGACGCCCCUCUCAUGGCUGCUGGGGUCUCCAUGGGCGGGAUGAUGCUGGCGAACUACCUGGGGAGGAAGGGCAGAGAGACGUGUCUGAAAGGUGUGGUUGUGUUCUCGGCAGGCUGGGAUGUGUUUGAGUGCACAGCGUCAUUGGAGAAGCCUCUGGACCGCUUUCUCUUCAACUCCUAUCUCACCAGCUGCCUGCAGGCGGGCGUGGACAGACACAAAUCUGUGCUUGAGAAGAGUUACGACAUUGAUCAUGUGAUGAAGGCCAAGACCCUCCGUGAGUUUGAUGAGAGGUUCACGUCUAUAAUGUUUGGCUACCCCACCAAUGAUGACUACUACCAUGAUGCCAGUCCCAUCCACAGGCUCAAGUCUGUGCAGGUGCCCAUGUUGUGUCUAAACGCUGCAGACGACGUCUUCUCUCCCAGUCAUGCCAUUCCAGUGGAGGCGGUGAAGCAGAACCCUAACCUAGCCCUCCUCAUCACCUGCCACGGUGGCCAUAUUGGUUUCCUGGAGGGCCUGUGGCCCCGACAGAGCACCUACAUGGACCGCGUCUUUAAGCAGUUUGCCAAGGCCGUCAUAGAACAGGGUGGCGACCUCCAUGACCUUUCCAGCUAGUACGACAUUCCUUUUCUCCCUCUCUCUCUUUCUUUAAUUUCUUUCCUCCUCCCCCCAGUCCUUCUCCCUGCCUCUCUCACUACAAGCAAAAAAAGCAUUAUUUAUUUUGAAGGGCACAUCCUGUCACAACACAGCAGUCGUCCGUCAACUCAUGUAUUCCUUCAUACAUUCAUUAAUUCAAUGUAUGUAGCCAUGAAUUCAUAUCAUGCUUAUUUUAAAAAGAUGAGUAUGUUCACAUUAGUAUCUUCAAAUAUGAAUAAUUUCAGCUGUCUUUCUCCAUCCGUCAGUGUUCUCAACAAAAACUCUGUAUCAAUAGGAUUUUAGUCCUCAGGGAAUGUAUUUCUUUUUUACCUAGUGUCUAUCUGUCUGUCUGUUAUGAAUGUGAAUAGUUUAUAUUAAAGAAUGUUUAGUCCAUUCAACAACAACAAAAUACCUAACCUAAUCUUUCGUGACAGACAGCUAGCUGCUAUAGUAGCGUGAGAUUUAGUUCUGGGUUCCGAGGUGAUACCUUUAAUUUACCUCAACAGAUCACAGUAUUUAUGUUCUCUUGAAUUGUUCUGCAUGCACUUUCAUUCACACAUUCUACCUGUACGCACACAAAAUAGCUCUAACAAUGUAAUGUUAUGGAGAUAACUCAUUAUUAGUUAUAAGGAAUGUGAAUUUGCACUAUUUUAGUUUGAACAAGCCAUGCCUCUAAUUUCUUCCUGCAAACGCACUUGAUUUCAAUAGUUUUCCUAUGUAAAUAAGUAUACCCAAAAGGCCUAAUAAAUUAAUAUGCAAAUA